UUAUUUAAAAAUACGUUCAGUCGGCGUCAAAUAUGAGCGAAUUGCGGACUGUGCCUAUGACUAUUCGCUGUCGCUCAGCCUUGUGCGGGAACCUUAACAACGGUUGAUAAAAGGCAGUUGCGCAUCUGAACUGCGCAGACGAAGAAGGAAACUUAUUUCACAAUUUUCUCUCUCUCUCUCUUUCUGGAGAUGAAUAUAUAUGCUGGACUAUCUUUAUAUGUCUAUUGAUUGUAUGCGCCUGCACAAUGUAAAAUCUGCAUACAAUUUUUAAAAUUUCCUUUAUCUCCUCCCUGUACUUCGCCUUGUUUCGUGGGUGCGCAAAAACGACGGCUACGAGUAAUCGCAAUCGAUGAUCUUCUCGAUCACUUGGUGCACUUUCGUUUACAACAAUCGGUAAGUGCGCGUAUAGGAACAGCCACUUCAGGUGUGACCGUUACGCUUUUAGGUUAGGACGCGAUAAUUAAAGAAUGCGUAUUGCAUUGGAAAACCGUCGAGUGAAAGUGCUUGUUGUCGGGAAUUUCAAUGGAGCAAGCGAUCCGACAACGUUAUUCCCGAGCGCCCUAAAACAGACGGAGUACUAGGAAAUGUUUCACGAAACACCUCGGCGGAGAUAUUGGCGCUUUCUCUAUGGGUGAUCCUCUAGCGUCACUGUCAAUGCUUUCCAGACAAAAGGAAAUGUCAAGAGUGGGAAUCGCAGUUAUAGGAUAAGAAUAAGAAAAGAGCUCGAGGGGGAGGAUGCACACAAAUAUUAACUGUACAUUUUUAUUUAUAACAAAUGAUUGUAACAUGUUAAAGCAUGAAACAGACGUUGAGUAACUGAGAAUCAAGUUCAGUAUGUAAAAAGUCAUCGAUAUUAAAAAUCCGAUUUAAAUGAAAUAAUCAAGUUUUCUAGGCUUCAAGUACAAUAAUAUUCAUAAAACAUAACCUAUCGUGCACUGUACUUGUAAAUUAAUUGAUUUGCAUUGGUUCAAAAUAUAUUUAUCAAUAGUUUCUAUCGUAAGGAAUCCUUAACGAGUAGUAUUUGUUUAUUUGAAGAAUGUGGCAUGUAAAUUUAAAAGGAAACUUAUUCUAUCCUUUUAAUUGUUCUUGUUAUAUUUAAUUUCAACAAAAAAGUGAUAAUGUAAUAUUUGUAAUUAUCAGAGAUUGAUAUGCUCAGAUAAUUGUUCGCUAUACGAACAACGAUUCAGAACUAGCUUCUUUACUUUCUUUACUCCUGUUUUCACAAGCGUCGUUUAACUUUGAUCUUUUGUUAGUUUAAUUCAGCCUUCGUCUCUUUCUAACAUUUCCUUAAAAAGUAAAGUAAAUUAAGAUAAAAGUCAAACGAUGUUAGUGAAAAUCGGAGUUGGGGACGUAAAAUAAGAGAACAUCUUUUUACGAUUGGGCUGGAUCUUAGUGCCUGAUUAUAUCUUUGCGUAUACACCUUUUUUCAACCAAACAAUAUAAUUUUUCACAACAAUAAAAUGAUUAUAUCGACGAUAACUGGCACAGUACAUUUUCAAUUAAUACACGACGUUUCGACCAGUAUUACUAGUCCUUCUCAAGUAUCACCCAUUAGACGUGACAGCAAGAAAUAGGUGAUGUAUCAAAGAAUACGAUUGUGUAGAAGUGCAUAGUCAAGAAAUGGAAUCACUCCGCACAGUAAAGAAUAUAGAGUUCAAAAAGUUGAACUACUUAUCAAAGUGUCAAGCAUUGUCAGCGUUUGAUAGGACACUAUAAUUUUUGGAAUAGUAUUAAGUUGAUGUCAAAAUAGUAUACGUCAUUAAAUACAUAAUCAAUAUCAUAAUGUUCUUAAAAUAAGCGUUUUUUUGGAAACGCAUACUGUAAAGAAUUAAGAAUACACAGUGUGUUCAAAAAGUUCCAGGACUGGUCGCACACGGAUCAAACAACGCCAUGUAUUGACUCCUCUUUAAUAUCAAGCUUCUACAUAGUCUCCCGCCAAUUCGAUACAACGCUUAGAACGAGUAUUUAGGUCCAUCAUCGCCUUCUGAAACGCCUCCACUGGAAUACUGUUCAGUUCCUUUGUCACCGCUUUUUCAAUCGCCUCUACUGACUCAUAUCGAUGUCCCUUCAUCUUCAAUUUUAGCUUGGGAAACAAAAAAUAGUCUGGGAGGGACAGAUCAGGUGAGUUUUGGAACGACUUUUAAAACGAAUGCGGUGUGUGAGGCCAAAAGUGUUGGAGAGCGGAGAGUGGUGGCUGUUGCACGACAAUGCACCGGCUCACAAGUCCAUUGUUGUACAGGAGUUUUUGACGAAAAGGCAAGUUGUGAGCAUCAACCACCCUGCGUACUCACCUGAUCUGCCCCCCCCAGACUAUUUUUUGUUUCCCAAGCUAAAAUUGAAGAUGAAGGGACACUGAUAUGAGUCAGUGGAGGCGAUUGAAAAGGCAGUGACAAUGGAACUGAACAGUAUUCCAGUGGAGGCGUUCCAGAAGGCGAUGCUGGACCUGAAGACUCGUUCUAAGCGUUGUAUCGAAUUGGCGGGAGACUAUGUAGAAGCUUGAUAUUUAAGAGGGGUCAAUACAUGGCGUUGUUUGAUCUGUGUGCGACCCGUCCUGGAACUUUUUGAAUGCACUGUAUUCCUGUGUAUAUUAAGGACAUCCACAUAUUCCUGAGUAAGAUAUCUCAGUGAAGAAAAAAAAAAAUACAAUUACUAUGGCGGACGAGGAAGGUACAGAGUGGCUUCAAGAACUGUUGCAUGACGUGCAGCUCUCCCAGUUCUUUACGCGAAUUCGAGAUGAUCUGCAGAUUACUCGUCUACAUCACUUUGAUUAUGUCCAAGCAGAAGAUUUGGAGAAGAUUGGUCUGGGUAAACCGGGUGUUAGACGUCUAUUGGAUGCAGUAAAGAAGAGACGAAAUGCUCAAUGGAAGAAGAGUUUAAUUACCAAAAUUAAACCUGGUAGCAGCAGUAAAAGCAACAAGCGAUCCUCGCAGCCUGUUGAAACCUCCUCAGUGUUGACAUGUCUCAUACAAGACAAAGAUGUGACAUUAUCUAUUAAAUUGGGUGAUGGAAGCUUCGGUGUAGUGAGAAGAGGGGAAUGGACUUCGCCUUCUGGACGAACUCUACCUGUUGCUGUUAAAGUCCUCAAGGCAGAUGCUCUCACACAACCGAGUGUUAUAGAAGACUUUGUCUCAGAAGUUCAGGCAAUGCACACUUUAGAUCAUUAUAAUCUUAUUAGAUUGUACGGUGUGGUGUUGUCGCAGCCUAUGAUGAUGGUAACCGAACUUGCGCCUUUAGGCGCGUUACUUGACUAUUUACAUCAGCAAUGUGGCAGAAUCUCGAUUCUCACACUCUGUAACUAUGCAUUGCAAGUAGCUACGGGUAUGGCUUAUUUAGAAGCAAAGCGUUUUCUACAUCGUGAUCUGGCAUGCAGAAACGUCCUGCUGAGUACUAUUGAUAAAAUCAAAAUCGGCGACUUUGGUUUGAUGAGAGCACUUCCUCAACAGGAAGACUGCUACGUUAUGACGGAACAUAAGAAAGUGCCUUUUCCUUGGUGCGCUCCUGAGUCCCUCAAGGCUCGGCAUUUUAGUCAUGCGUCAGAUGUUUGGAUGUUCGGCGUGACGUUGUGGGAAAUGUUAACGUUUGGCGAAGAACCCUGGCUGGGCUUGAAUGGUUCUGAAAUUUUGCGUAAAAUCGACCGUGAAGGCGAACGACUUCACGAGCCAGAAGCGAUGCCUCCAUACAUGUAUGAGCUGAUGCUUCGUUGCUGGGCGAGAGAGCCUUCGGAAAGACCGACAUUUGCUUCGUUGAAGGAGUCCUUGACUGGCAUGGUACCGUCUGUAAUGAAGGCUCUAACUGCCUUUGAGGAAGCAGGUAAGAUGACCAUCGAGUCAGGAGACCAGAUUGCAAUCGUUGACGGGCGCCCGGAAAAUUAUUGGUGGAAAGGUCAGAAUCAACGAACCUUUCAAGUAGCACAUUUCCCGCGCUGUCUGGUUGAUCCAAUGCGCCGAAAGCAGCCAGAAGACAUUAGCAAACCGUUGGAGAAUUCUUUCAUUCAUACAGGACAUGGAGCGCCCUUUGGCAAGAGCUGGGGUAGUCCUGUUUACAUCGACGAUGUAUAUUUAAGAAACCCAAUGGAUCCUCCGGACGUAUUGGUGGCAGCCUCAGCUGAUAAUCAAGCAAAAAAGAAAUUCUCUUGCGGCACGCCACGCACCAGAAAACAAUUCAAUUACACCAAGUUACACAACGAUGCUAGAUCAAGUCCUAUCAAGGUCUCGCAAACAUCAUUGGUUUCAGGCACUAGCCAAGAGGAUACUCUGAUCGAUUUGUCUGCUGAGGAAUCGGCAAACACAUGUGUCUAUGAUCAAAAGGUCGCUUGUAAACGAGUGAUUAACAUUCUAGAUGAACCUAUCGAUGGCGAGAGGUUCUGGCAGGAUGAAGAAGGUAGAACAUAUGCCAAUUUUCCUGGUAACGUGGAUCCUGCAUAUUCUGAUCCCUUUGAUACUUCUGCGGUGUUCAUGAAGCCGCCGCAUUCGCGAUAUUAUAGUCAUGUGCCUACUGAAGUUACUAAUCGCUAUAUGAAGACACAGACGUAUGGAAAUGUAAGCAAUCCAGAGGGAGGAGAUAACGUUCAAGAUACCGUGAAUAGUUCCGUCCUUGAUUCUGCUGAUACAGAGGAGACUCGCCAAUAUUCGAUGAAUUUAAACAAAGGAUGCCAGCAAGACACGUUAAAUUUGAAUGUGAAUGUACAAUGUGACGACAUUUCAAAUCACUAUAGUGAAAUAGACAAGGUUAGCCCAUGUGGAUCAAGUUGGUCUACUUGGCCGGAUGAUUUACGAAAUACUUCCGCCAUGCAGACGUAUGUUAAUAUUUCUGACAGUAGACCCUCAUCGUCAUUCGCGGUCCCAACUCCACCUCUUCCUCCUCCUCCUCCUCCUCCACCUCCUCCUCCUCCUCCUUCCCUUGGCCCAAAUGUGAGUCCGCCAAAGCCCAAGUCCAAUUGCGAGCUCGUGCAAAGUAUGAAUGAACUGUCAUUGAAUGUUAACUCUGAUCGUCAAGAAGUUGCCACUGUUGUCAAGAAGUUGGAUCCGGUGUUCUUGGCCGAGUUGGAGAAGCAUUUGGGUGAAAAAGAGGCAACCAAAAACACGAACGCUAGCAACAGUAAAUGCCAACAGUCAGGAAUUGUUUCCGCAAAUUAUUUGAACUACUCAUCGUUAGAGAAGCUCCGACAGAAUACAUCUACUCAACAGCUUUCAACGACGGAGGUUGCUGUCAGGCCUUUGUCGAUCGUCCCAGCGUUAAAGCCUCCGCCGCAAGGGAAACCAAAAUCGCCAGUUGCAACAAUAGAUCGAGCAGGCCCUUUGACGGCGCCACCUAGCAAAGUGCAGAACUCCUGGCAGUCAAAAAGCACAAAUGUUCAAAGACCGCAACUCCAGAAUGACCAGUGCAUGUCAGAAUCGGCCACUGAGACUAUAGUAAGCCAGAUUUGGCAACAGACGCAAACUCUGUCUCAGCAGUCAAACGUUUGCCAAGCUAGUUCGUCUACUAACCAGAUGUUAAUGCCCAUUUCGAUCCAGUCGAGCGUUAAUCAGCUUCAAGAAACUGCUAGCAAUGCUUCCAGUAAUGACACAAACGAUCAAAAUCAGUAUGGUUCUUGUAAUGUUGCCAAAGCUACCCUUAUACAAACGCAAGUUUGUCUGUCAAAUCAGAAUUAUCCUCAAAACGCGUUACACAUCAAUCAGAAUAAUAUCAAAUUGUUCGAAGGAACUUCUGAUAUUACUGAUGGUAAUACAAAUGAGGCCCAACAUGGACCUUCUAACGUUGCCAAGGCCGCGUUUAAUCAAACACAAGUCUGUUCAUCGAGCAGCCAAAGUUAUCUUCAAAAUUCAUUAGGUAUUGACCAAGAUGUUAAUUUGCGACAAGUAAGUAACAUUUCCUCUAAUGCCAGAAAUCAGUGCGAUACAAUCAGUAUUUCAAAAACAAAUCAAACUCAGAUUUCCUCUUUAACUGAUGGAAGCCAAAACUAUCUUUAUAAUAUGGGCUUUAAUCUACUUCAAAUGACUGCCAAUCAUAUUUCCGACAAGAGUACGAGUGAAUUUUCUCGGCAUGGACAUUGCAAUAUCUCUAAGGCUGCUUCCAAUCAAGCGCAGAUCUAUUUAUCAUCAAGUCAGAAUUCAUCAUCGAGCAUGACGACAAUUCCUCAUCUGGGAGAUUUUGCGUUGCCUCAAACCUGUCUUCAAAAUGUGCCAACAUCCAGCACAAGUAAUACUUAUGGAAUCACUCACAUACAGAAUGAUUUGCAUCAAUCUCAGCAUUUGAAGCCUACUACACUUUUAUCGGAACAAGUAUAUGCUGAAUUGAAACAAACGGUCCCUAAUCUAGAGCAGUUGUCUCAGAAUGAAUUUAAUACACUCUACAAUAAAACUGUUCGACAGAACAUUCUCCGAAAUUACUAUUCAAGUAAUCUGAGCAGCAAACAAAGCCAAAAUUAUACUCAGGAAACUGCUGGCAACCAACAGCAACAGAAUAUGACUGGCAAGAAUCAGCCUACUCCAGGACAUGCUUGCGACUUUAGUCCUUAUCUGAAACAGCCGCCGAUUUAUAAUCCUCCUCCUCCCCCUCCUCCUCCUACAAUUCGAAGUCCGUUGAAAACUGGUCAGAACGGUUAUGUGCAGAGUCAUUAUCCUGCAAUCAAAUGCAACCUGAAUGCACCUUCCAAUCUAUUGCAAACUGAAGCUUCUACAUCGGCUAGAAAUACAUUGGUGAUGCUGAAUGACUUUGCUGCUGCCAAGACGAAUCUACAACAUGCAGUUGGUACUAGUCCACCACUCACCGAAGCUUCUCAACAACUGGUAAUGUCACUGAGCGAUGAGUUUAGAGCAAGUAAAGUUAUGAAGGUACAAAAAGAUACUGUGGAUGCAUCGCAACAAGAAGUGUUAGCCGCGCUGCAAGCAACCGGUUGGGAUACAAAUCAAGCCGCGAAGCAAAUCGCGAAGGACAGAAACGCCAAACUGGAGAGUCUCAUGAGGUUGGGACUAGCUACUAGACAACAAUGUGAAAAUGCUUUGAAGCAGACUAAAUACGACGUGGAAAUGGCGGCUUCGUUAUUGCUCGAUCAGGCCAGAUGAGAAACAACUGUGGUCAAUGCCCCGGCUCCUGUGACACAGCUGUAAUUUUGCGUACGCGUUUAUUUAUGAAUGAAAGUAAUAAAAACCUAUUGUGCUCGGGAAGCGAAAAUCAAUCGAGACUAGCAAAUGUCUACUACUUACGUUCCGAUUUAUGACACAAUUUAGCAGCGGGUUGAUGUCAGCUAUUGGAACGAAAUAAAACCUGUUACGCAUAAUUGAAAGGUGAUACUGCUAAAGAUACCGCCAAUGACAUUACUCUUAAGAUACAACAAAUAUAAUUCUGAAUCUGUGAUAUGUUAUUGAUCUUUAUCUGGAUUUACGAGUGAAGUUCUACGGUUCUCGCGAUACAAGUCGCGUUUUAUUUAACGUAGAUAAUGAUGUUAAAAGGUUUUGAGAUUAAUAAGUAUGUUUAAUUAUAUACAAGAAACUCUCUCUCUCUCUUUAAUAACUUCGGUUUAAACUUUGAUUAUAUAACAGCGUGAUAUUGUUAAUCGUUUGCAUCUGUAUGGUCGGAAUUCUUUUCCGUAUCGAGUAGAUAUCAGACGAUUAUACAUCUAGCUGGGCGUAGAAUUCUUACUAGAGUGUCGCUAGAUGUUUUCCUAAACUUAUUUAUUUAAAAACAAUUAUUUUAUAGUAGACAAAAAAUAGAAAAGUACAUUGAAGGUAUACAUGCCACAGUGAAUAUGUGCGUGUCUACAUCUUUUGUUGGAGGUGCAUACCCUCAAAAAAUUAAUAUCUUUAUGGACAAAAUAAUGAAAGGAAUUGAUUAGGAGGUCGAUUAGGGUAAAGAAGACAAAAUAUUUUUAACUCUUUUGCUACGAACAAUUAUUAUAAUGCAAUACGCAUUUGCCACGCUACAAAAGUUAAGUGAAAUUAAGUUAUGGGAUAAUGAUAUUUAUAUAGUCAUAUCGAACAAAAAUUAUUAAGUAACAAGCUUGAACAUUUUGCAUGACAGAGCACACUUGCGUCUUGUACUCUCUCUGACAGCAAAGUGUUCCAUUGUAGUGAAAGAGUUAAGAAUAAAUCUAUAUAUGUAUAAUAUUUUCUUUUCGAUAUAUUUAUUGCGUGUUUUUAUUACAUUAAUCGAUUCUUCAUGCAAAAGUAUUAAAGUAAGGUCAUGGAAAGUCGAUGAUUUACAUUUUGUGUUUGGGAUUAGAAUAUGUCGGAAUAAAAUGUGAAAUAUUUAACAAA